AUGGAUUCCAAGCCAGACUUCACCAAUCCAUUUGCUGGGCAGAGCGAGAGUGAUGGGCCGCAUGGAUCCGACGCCGACCAGCUGAGUCCUACAACCAAUACGGCGCCGCAUACCGCAGACGCUGCUCCUACAGAGACCACGCCAGCCGCUCCGCCUAGCACGGAGCAUCAGAGGAGCGCACGCGAUGAACAUCCUUCCGGUACGGCGACGCCAGUCAGCAGAGGCGAGAUCCAUUACAGUACACCUCCUGCGGAAGUCGACACAGGCCGCGCCCGAGCUGCAACUGCCACUAGCAGUACACUGAAACCGCCUAUCGAGGCCACACGGACAACGUCGUCAACAGGCACUCGUCAUCCACACCGGGAAAAAAUGCUCGAGAAGAUCAAGUCUACCGCCGACGACGUCGCCCCGGGCGUCGUGGAGAAAGUCCGGACUGCAAAGCGUGCACUACAUCUCAACCAUGUCAAGGUCACCGGCCCGAGCAGACUCUUGAACCCGACCAACAUCCGCAUGAAUGUCCGAUAUGCCAGUGACUCCGAGGAUGACGACAGCGUCAAGAGGGCCAAGCAGAUGUCCUUGCUCUGGCGCUCGAGAGAUAAUCGGAAAGGCCGAAACUCCAUCGCUGUACCCUUGCUUCCACCUGAUGAGGGCCCGUCUUUCCUCCCGCUUGCGUACACGCCGAAGCUCAAGACCAAUCUCAAGGAGAUCGGCAUCAACUUCUGGCGAAUGCUGACCACCUUUCCCUACUGGGACAUGGCAUUCUGGAGCGGCUGGUCAUACACUAUCGGUUCCGCCCUAUUCGUUGCCGACGGAGUACUCGCCUGGGGCCCUGUUGCAUUCGGCGAAGACUUUGAGAGUAAGAAAGCAGACACGUAUGGUGGACCCUUGUGCUUCUUCAUCGGUGCCCUCUUCUAUCAGGUGGGAGCCGUGGCAGCCUAUCUGGAAGCUGUUAACGAUGGCUCCUUCCACGGUGCAGCUAUGCGUCGCCUUCUCGAGGGACAUGAAGACGAGCAGAAGAAGAUGCUCGACGACAAGAUCCACAACUUCUUCUCGCACGCGAGACCGAAUUACUGGAAUCGUCACGACAGGCACGGCGAAGACACCAUAGCUGCCGCUGUCGAUCCCGAAGCAGGCUGGAAUACCAAGGAAGCUCGUCGUUUACGUCCCGGCUCCAUCUACCCCACAGGUAAAGCCCCUGCUCCGCGUCGUGGCGCUAUGGACCUCGGCGGAGAAGAACACGACGGGAGCGGGUACCUCACCUGGCGAUGGCGGCCAAGCUGGGAGGCUUUGCGCACGCAUCACGUCUAUGAGAUCGGGUACCUGGCUUGCACCAUCCAGCUAUUCGGUGUCACCCUGUACGGCAUCACGGGCAUCGUUGUCCUCCCUGGAAUCCUGUCCACUCUCGAAUGGUGGCAGGAACUUGGAGCUUUCUGGGUGCCCCAAGCUGUAGCGGCCGCCUGCUUCUUGAUCUCCAGUCUCAUGUUCAUGCUCGAAACCCAAGAGAGAUGGUGGAAACCCGAGCCUGCCGUCCUUGGUUGGUGGAUCGGUGUAUGGGCCACCAUUGGCUCGGUCGGCUUCGAGCUGAUCGCUGUCUUUGGAUUCCUGGCGCAUGAGCACCAUUGGGCCAAGUAUCAGAGUGAUCUUGCGACUGUCUGGGGCUCGAUUGGAUACCUUAUUGCCAGCUUCCUUCAAUGGUAAGUGAACGUCGCAGGUGCAUUACUCGUGAUGCUAAAUGUUGUACAGGUAUGAAGCGUUGAGUAAGAACCCGGUCGAGGAACUGUUCAACGAGCCUGGUGAGAUGAAGUCGUAUCAGGUCCACCCUCUAUGA